AUGGCACUGAGAAUCAGUGAUUUGUCUGAUGAGUUGCUGAUCAAGAUAUUAUCAUUUCUUCCGACAAAAGUUGCUGUCUCCACAAGCAUUUUGUCGAAACAAUGGCAGUUUCUUUGGAUGUGGUUGCCUAAACUCGAGUUUAACGACUACUCAAUAAUCGAUGAUCCUGACUCUAUCUUGAGGUUUCGGGAUUUUAUCAACAAGAAUCUGCCGUUACAUAAAUCUGCCGUUAUCGAAAGCUUGCUCCUCAGUAUCGGCUAUUUUUGCUUCGGUGACGAACCUGAUGUACCACUGCCGAGUAGUUUGUAUACAUGCAAUUCGCUCACGACUUUGAAACUUGAAGGCCCAAAGAUUGUUUUGGAUGUUCCUCGAGUUGUUUGUCUCCCUUCCUUGAAAACCUUGAAACUUGGACGUGUGACAUACGCAAAUGAAGAUUCUCUUCGGCUGCUUCUAUCGCAAUGCCUUGUUCUUGAAGAUUUGUGUGUUGAACGAGAUGACAAUUUGAUAGAGAUAGUUGUUAACGUCCCGUCUUUGCAGCGUUUGUCCUUGGAGGUGUCUCAAACUCCUUCUUUGAAGUAUUUCAAAUUUGUGGAUUUCAGCGAAACUUUCUCCUGUUUGAUUGAGCAUAUUCCAAAGUUGGAAGAGGCAGAUAUUAGGGUUUUUCAAGAGUUUGAGACGCUUUUGAAAUCAAUCGCAUCCGUCAAACUUCUUUCAGUGCUUGCAUUAUGCAACAAUCCAGAAGAGCCUGUGUAUAGUGAUGGUACUAUCUUCAAUCAGCUUGAACAUUUGAAGUUUGGUAUAUACAGCGACAAUUGGACCAAGUUGCUUAUCUGGUUGCUAAGAAAUUCCCCUAAACUGCGAGUCCUCAAUAUAUCUAUCGAUCAUGAUCCAGAAUUGGAGGAGUAUCAACCAGUUACGUGGAGCUCUGUUCCUGAAUGUUUGUUGAAGACUCUCGAAACUUUUGAGUUUAAUGAUUACAUGGCAACACAAGAAGAGAGAGAUUUCUUGAGUUUCUUCUUCAAACACGCUUGUUGCUUGACGUCUACAUCAAUCAUUCACAAUGUUUGUGAUAUGUAA